AUGGAACCUCAACCUUCCUCGGGCUCAACGCAGCAGACAUAUGAGAAUCCUCGUAAACGACGAGGUAUUGCGUUCAGCCAGGUCUCCUCUUCGGCUGUGCAGCAUCAGUUACCACCGGCUGCCGUGUUGCGAAAUGACGAGCGGCACGGGGAUAUAUCGCAACUGGAAAAUACGGAAUGCUACAAAGGCAAGCAGUAUACAUGCAGCAACAAGCCAGUGAAUGACUUGCGAUCUGAUUUGCAGGUUCAUGUAAAUUAUCCGUGUCAUCAAGUUGGUAUCACACCAUCACCAACAAGUGAUGCGACCAUAAGGAUCCCUGCACGCCAACCCUUGAGCUCAACGGCUCACAGGAAGGUUUUAGGGCCAUGCGGGCCGCUGCAUCGUGCGGUGCUGCAGGCUGAUUCCCAUAACCGCGCCCUGGAGAAGGCCGAGAUGUGGAAGCGCUACCGCCAGUCCAUAAAAACCGUGACUCCCAAGAAACGGGACAGAGAUACUCUGGACCGCGCACAGGCCAGCCCGUAA